AUGGGAGGCGGGGAGGUUGUUGUCCGGCGGUCCCUGGUGGAAAGGGUCCCUGCACCUCCCACCGGAAGCGGCGCCACGCCCCCCCGAAUCUUCCUCCUGCCGGCUGCUGCUGAUGACGUCCUCCUCCAGAAAACCCCCGUCCCCCAUGCUGGGGCCCUUGCCUUCCGCCGUGCAAGUUUCUCUCUCCUUCCCGCGUACGCUGACUAUUCAUCGUUUUCAAGGUGCUGGAGGAAAUAUGGCAUCCUUCCUCCUGCGGUGCACGCGAACCUCGACCAGGACGUGGGAAAGAAUAUCCGCAACAAGAAGGAGAGUCUUGAAGAGUUGACGGACUUGGUGCAGUGUCUUUCUCGUGAGGCGAAAAAGACAACUGUCGAUGAAGACCUUGGCGAGGCGCUUAAGGGUCUGCGGUUGGUACCUGGCGCAACGCCAACCCGGGCUUCCAUGGAAGCCGUGCAGACACGGUUGCGUGUAGAGGAAAAAGAGGGUGUAGCGGGGGCGAUUAUUGCAGAUCUGAAGGACAAUCUUUGUGAGGAGUCGCUUGCCCACCUGAACAUGGACCAGCUGAACAAACACUCAGACGACGACGAGGCCGACUCUUCGGUGGGAGACGAGGGACAGUGUACGCAGCCCCUGGUCUCUCCUCGUCCGCCACAGUACGCUGACGUAUCUAUGCAGUUCGGAGACCUCGAAGAAAUAGCAAAGAGGUGCAGCAUGGCCGGGAUAGCUUACCAUCUUCGCAAGGCGAAGUUAGCCUGGAUGAGCGAGGCUGGGUCAAAGAAAACGAAGCAAACAUGCAUGGCAGACUUCAUGUCAAGUUGCAGAAGCUGCCCACAGGCGAUGUUCAUGGACGUCUUUUUUCCUUAUAUUAAGGUUCGGGUGUACUACUUGUACGCUGUAGGUGCUUGA